AUGGAAAAAAUUCAACAUCUAUUCUACAGUAAAGAGAAUGAUUGGGGAUUUAGUCAUUUUAUGGCGUGGAAUGAUAUUUUGGAUCCAGAAAAAGGUUUUAUUAAAGAUGAUACUAUAAUACUUGAAGUUUGGGUAUGUGCAGAUGCUCCUCAUGGUGUCAGUAGUACAGGAUGCCCUUUAGUGGGCAUUCUAGCAGCAGCAAUGUCAUUCUGUGUACAUUUAAUAUUUUCUGUUAAAUUUUCUUAUCUAAUUUAUAAUAUUUUUAUAUUAACAAUUUCAGAUGAAGCAAGAUCAGAAGCAACUUUCAGAUUUACAGUUCCCAAUUUCAGCAAACUCAAAGAUACUUUGCUCAGUCCACCUACAUUUGUGAGAAACCUUCCAUGGAAAAUAAUGGUAAUGCCACGAACAAACCAAAGUCAGAGUCGAGAAUUAACGAAAGGAUUAGGAUUCUUUUUACAAUGUAACGGAGAAUCAGAGUCGUCAACUUGGUCCUGUAAUGCAGCAGCAGAAUUAAGACUUAUUGGUCAGAAAGAGGGAACAGAAGAAAAUUUUGUAAGAAAAAUUCAACAUCUAUUCUACAGUAAAGAGAAUGAUUGGGGAUUUAGUCAUUUUAUGGCGUGGAAUGAUAUUUUGGAUCCAGAAAAAGGUUUUAUUAAAGAUGAUACUAUAAUACUUGAAGUUUGGGUAUGUGCAGAUGCUCCUCAUGGUGUCAGUUGGGAUUCAAAGAAGCAUACAGGUUAUGUAGGAUUAAAAAACCAAGGUGCUACUUGUUAUAUGAAUUCUCUACUACAAACACUCUUUUUCACUAAUCAGUUAAGAAAGGCUGUCUAUCAAAUGCCUACAGAGAGUGAUGACUCUUCAAGGAGUGUAGCGUUGGCUUUACAAAGAGUAUUUUAUGAAUUACAGUUUUCUGAUAAGCCAGUUGGUACAAAGAAACUCACAAAAUCUUUUGGUUGGGAGACAUUAGAUUCAUUUAUGCAGCAUGAUGUACAGGAAUUAUGUCGUGUGUUGUUAGAUAAUAUGGAAAGUAAAAUGAAAGGAACUUGUGUUGAAGGUACAAUUCCAAGACUAUUUGAAGGAAAAAUGACUGUAAGUGAAUAUAAAUGAUAAUGUAUUAUUUUU